CGGACACAUUCCAUUAAAUGCGUGAACAACGUGGUGGAGCUUGUUUAGUGGGAUGUUUGUUUUCGCGAAAAAAUCCCAUUGAUUGCCCCAAAUUGCCUCGCUAUUCAUUUUACGGGCUAUCUCAGUCGUUGAUAAGAGAAGCAAUCGUCGGCAGUUGAUUGUUGAGAGUGAGACGACAUUAAAUUUGUGUGCAAAGUUUGCCAGUUAAUUCAAACAAACAGGAGGAUUUGUGUGUUCCGGUGAAGAUGGUUUCGAGUCCAGCACUUAUUUCCGCUUCAAAAACCCUCCUUAGGGGUUGCAAUGGGGUUCCUGGGGUUCUCGUACAGCGAGCAAGUUCAUCGUGGUGGAGUGAUGUGAAGAUGGGACCACCAGAUGCAAUCCUGGGUAUUGCGGAAGCCUUCAAAAAGGACCCAAAUCCAAAGAAGAUCAAUUUGGGUGCUGGAACAUAUCGCGAUGACAACGGGAAGCCCUAUGUGUUGCCCAGUGUACUCAAAGCGGAGCAGAGAGUGAUUGAGAAUCGCAUGGAUAAGGAAUAUUCCCCAAUCAGUGGAAGCCCGGAAUUCACAAAACUCGCCAUUGAGCUGGCCCUAGGUGAGGGGAAUCCCGUCCUGGCGGCACGGAGAAAUGCCACAGCACAGUGUAUUAGUGGCACAGGAUCCCUCCGUGUGGCUGCAGCCUUCCUGAAUAGCUUCUUCCCGGGUCCGCGUGAAAUUUGGCUUCCAUCCCCAACAUGGGGCAAUCACGUGCCCAUCUUCAAGCACUCCGGGCUCACAUGCAGCACCUACCGCUACUACGAUCCCAAAUCCUGUGGACUCAACUUUGCCGCAAUGCUGGAGGAUAUCAAUAAAAUCCCCGAGAGAUCCGUUAUCCUCCUCCAUGCUUGUGCCCACAAUCCAACAGGUGUUGAUCCACGUCCAGAGCAGUGGAAAGAACUCUCGGUGCUGAUUAAGAAGCGCAAUCUCUUCCCCUUCUUCGACAUGGCGUACCAGGGCUUUGCGAGUGGGAACAUUGACAAUGAUGCCUUUGCCGUGCGGCAUUUCCUUGCCGAUGGCCACAACUGCAUCCUCACGCAGAGUUUUGCCAAGAAUAUGGGGCUCUAUGGGGAGCGUGCGGGAGCAAUGACAGUGGUGGCCAAUGAUAGCGAGGAAGCAGAGAGAGUCAUGUCUCAGGUGAAAAUUCUCAUCAGGCCAAUGUAUUCCAAUCCACCCAUUCACGGAGCGCGUCUUGUGACGGAAGUGCUGAAGGAUAAACAGCUGCGGAGUGAAUGGCUGAAGGAUGUCAAAGGGAUGGCUGAUAGGAUUAUUGGGGUACGAGCUGAUUUGCGAUCAGCACUGGAGAAGCUCGGCUCGAAGAGGAAUUGGCAACAUAUUACCGAUCAAAUUGGCAUGUUCUGCUUCACGGGACUCAAUCAGGAGCAAUGUGAGCGCAUCAUCAAGGAGUACAGUGUGUACCUGACCAAGGAUGGACGUAUCUCCAUGUCCGGAGUGAAUUCCAAGAAUGUCCACUAUCUCGCUGAAGCCAUUCAUGCGGUCACAAAGUGAUCGCGCGAUGCGUAAUUCAGCGUCAUCACACGCAAUUCCAAUGCUCAGCAUUUAAAGAAUUUCUAUCUCCGCAACACAGGGUGGUUCUGAACCUUCAAAAACUCCUUUAAAUCUCCAACUGAGACCAAAUAUUGAGGAUACCGUGGCUGAGCCACAUCAAAAUUGCCAAUCUUUUCUACACGCGCGUUAUUUUCCUUUUCCUUUUGUAAAAAGGCAAAUUAAUUUGCCUCAAUGCGAUUUUUUCUUUGCAAAAUAAAUACGUCAUUAUAGAAAGAAAAA